GGGAGUCUUCGCCUCGAGUCAAAACAAAACAAAGCUAAAUAAGUCAAAAAGAGGGCGAACAAUCGAAUAUUUGGAUCGCUACAACGAAAGAAAGUUUCUCAAAACUGGUCCCGGAUCAGAAACGGCUGCUCGGUGGAACCUAUCUGGAUUUUUUCGCGGACUUUUCCACGGAUUGUAAACUCUGGAGUAGCAGGAGCUUAAGCAGCUAGCGUUACGGUGGCUAUCGUGCUGUUUGGAAAGUGCGGCGACUGGGAGCCGACAGACCUGCUGACGACCCAGCUCCACGGUGUUCCCGGGAACAACCCGUGGGAUUCCUUUACUGUGUCCACGAAGGCUAGCUCAGACGAAAGUUUGUCGGGAGUGGGGUUUGUAAAGUGUUUGAGCGGCGUGUGAGGCGGCAGGACUGUGGGAGAAACAUGGCAGUUGGUGACAUGCGCCUGCCCGUAAUGUGGCGUAUGGAGCGGACCUAAGGCACAGUGUUUAGGACUACUUUUUUUUUUUUUUUACACCUAUCCACAUUUAUAUUUACCACAGUAAACCUUAUUGUCUUUUUCUGACACCAGUUUGGAUGUUUACAUCCCAGACAGGACACAGAGACUGUGGACAAAGUCUCGGAACUGUUUGUACACUUUGGGUCCGAACAAAGUCGCUCCUCAGACAUUUUUACUAUUAACUCUAAUUCAGCCGCGCUGGUCAGUGACUGCUGUUUUUUUUAUAUGCUUAGUCUUUUUUUUUUUAUUUGGAUCGGUUUUUAUUUUCUGGGUAUUUUUGCUUAUUUCUAAACGGGCUCCCCGACUUGUUUUUAAAAUAGUUUUAACGAAAAGAACAUCUGGAAAUUCGGCACAGAAUAAUUCUGUAUUUUCACUCAUUUAUAAAAUAUUAUCCUGGUAAUUUGCAGACAUUUUUAUGUAGAUAUUUUGAGUGUCUCACAAUACAAACUUUUUAAAAAUGAAUUUCCAGAUGAGCCAGAACCUCUGUAGAUCCAGAUGUUUUGGUGCUCACUGACACUCCUUCACUGUUGUUUGUGUUUCAUUGAAACAAAGAGACAUCUUCUCUGUGUGUAAAUCGGAAGGUUUAGAUAGUAACUAUUAAGGAGAUUAUUUGGGUUCCUUAAUCUCCAAUCUGAGGAUUAACUGAGGCCAUUGGUGUGUCUAGAUUAUUGCGUCUCCUUUCCCGGCCCCUCAGUUGAUGCCCCCUGACCGUGGUAUAUUUUUGUUUUGUGUGUCAGAAACGUUUUGAAUUAUAUUUAAAAUUUAAAAGGUAGAUGUUUUAACCAUAACAAGUUUGUCAGAGGAAGUUCAAAGAACCAACAUGGAGGAGUCAUCGAUGCCCCCCAUCGACCCUGAUUUUGAGCCGCAGAGUAGACCCCGCUCCUGCACGUGGCCGCUCCCGAGACCCGACAUCUCGGUUGUCAAAGUGGAAGGAGCGGAUGGCGCCGAGUCCGCCGCCGGGACUCCACCCGCAGCCGACGAGGACAAGCCCGAACAACGGCAAAUCACCUCCGAGCCCGAGAAAGCUGCGGCGGCGGUAGCGGCUGAGGAGGGCGGUGUUGUGGCCGGUGUGGGCGGAGCCGGAGCGACGCCCCGCAAAGGAUCCUCCAGGCGCAACGCGUGGGGGAACCAGAGCUACGCUGAUCUGAUAAGCCAGGCCAUCGAGAACUCGCCAGAAAAGAGGCUAACCCUGGCUCAGAUCUACGACUGGAUGGUGAAAACUGUUCCUUACUUCAGAGACAAAGGAGACAGCAACAGCUCAGCCGGCUGGAAGAACUCAAUCCGCCACAACUUAUCACUCCACAACAAGUUCUUGAGGGUGCACAAUGAAUCUACUGGAAAGAGCUCCUGGUGGAUGCUCAACCCCGAAGGGGGAAAGAUGGGGAAAGCCCCUCGCCGCCGAGCCGUCUCCAUGGAUAACAGCGGCAAACUGCUAAAGAGCCGCAUGAGAGCAAAGCAGACGAAGAAGCAGGCGGGAGCAUCCGGCGCAGGAGGGGUGCUGCAGGGAGAUGGUGGCCCAGGUUCAGCAGGUGCAGACAGCCCCAACUCUUCCCAGCAGUUUUCCAAAUGGGGCGUGAACAGCAGUAGCCCUUCAUCCCGCGGCAGCCUGGAUGAUGCUGACAUGUGGACCACCUUCCGCCCUCGCACAAGUUCUAACGCCAGCACCCUGAGUGGACGUCUGUCCCCUAUUGCUCCGGGCCAGGAGGAUGAUGAUAGCCUGCCUGAUGACGGCCUGCUGGGAAGGUACACCUCCAGCAGCUUGACCCCCACACUCACUGAGACCGUCAUGGAGGAGUUGGAUCUGAUCGACAACCUCACCUUAAUGACAGGACAGCAGGGCGCGGCCAGUCCCAGCACAGCACCACCAGCACCUCCCACUCCGCUGCCUUCCGCCUCCACCCUGCUGCCACGGGGCUCCAGCUUCCCCGCCUUCCGUCAGCUGCAGGCCACCAGCCUACCACAGGCUCCUGCUCACACUGGGACCCAGGCCUCAGUCCCUAUGUGUGCACAAAGCAGCAAGGAGCCGCCCCCCUUCAGCAACUCCCUAUUCAACCCCAUGUCCAGCUCCAGCCCUCAUGGAAGCAGCCAUUACAGCAGCCAUGUUCCCUCCAGCCUGGAGGCGCUGCUCACCUCAGACUCUCCUCCUCCCAGUGAUGUUUUGAUGGCCCAGGUCAGCCCACUUAUGACUAACUCUGCAGGUUUGAGCCAGAUGAGUUUGGGUAUGAGACCCAAACCCACUCAGCUACAGCUGAAUAAAGGGCUGGAGCCGAACACCGUGGCACCCAUGGCGAUGCAGACCCACAUGCAGCCUCAGCAGCAUCACCUUCACCACCACCAGCAGCAACCGCAACACCAGCAUCACUCUCAGAUUGGCCUGGGGAUGAUCCUUUCUGGAAUCUCCCAGGACCCAACUCCACUUUCUGCUCUCAAAACCCACCAGGCCACAGCACAAGCCAUGAGUGCUCAUCGCGCCGGGCCCGUCCCCUCGGCCAGCCAGAGCGUGAGCCUGCUGGGGAUGAGUCAGUUCGGAGCUCCGACCAGCUUCCCGGCCGCUCAGGACCGGCUGCCCACAGACUUGGACAUAGACAUGUUCACUGAGAACCUGGACUGUGAUGUGGACUACAUUAUCAACAGUGACCUCAUGGAUGGAGACGGCAUUGAUUUCAACUUCGACCCCAUCCUACCUGGAGGUCAAGGCUAUACGGGUCCAACAACACCGCAGGGCUCAGCUCACAACUGGGUGCCCAGCUAAUCCUUUGGCUGAACAUGCAAACUUUGCCAGGAACUGACCUCGAGUCAACAUAACCUCACUAAAACAGCAGAACAACUGGUGCAUCACUCCUCCCCGCCGGCUCAACACACCCUUUCUUUUUGAGAACUUCAAACAGCGAAUCUAGGCCUGACCCACGUCAUGUGCCAAGACGUGCAGAGUACAGGGAGGAGUUUCAUGCUACUAUGCACAGUUUUAUUUCCCCAAAUGUUUUUUCUUAAUAACACUUGGCAAUAUUUUUGGCUGCUAGCCAUUUUCUCUUAAGAACCAGAACUGAUGACUUUUUUUUUUUUUUUUUUUGCAAAAGAUGAGUGAUAAAAUGUUUUUUGGAGUGUAAACACAAAUCAUCGCCUCUCCUGUGCAGAGUUUGCAUGAUGUUACACCAGAGCAGCUGUAGAGAGGGUUCUUCCAGAUCUAGUUUGCGCUGGUUUUGGACCCCUUGUUUGUUUGUUUUUUUUUUGUUUUUUUUUGAAGAAAUGGCCAGUUUUGCACCAGCGCUCGCUCACCAUGACUUGCCAGAUCAGAUGCUGUGCGAUCGACUGAAAGCGGUGCACAUGAUCCAGCUGUGCAGACCAGAGAGAGAAGGUGGGACGGACCUUUGAAGGCUCAGAGUGUUGUGAUCAGGAAGACUAAGGACUGGAAGACUGGUGGUGUUAGGUUUGGCUUUACAUCUCACCCAGAGUACCCUGUAAAUUUAACUCAAAGAAAAAAAAUCUCAAUUAGAGUUUAUUGUUUUUAGUUUGGCAUUUAAAGUGUGUUAUGGUAGAAACCAUUUAGAGGGUGUUUUUAUUUUCUCUUGAAUCCCUGAUGUGCAGUUGAACUAACAAAAUGAAGAAAUCGAAUGUGUGUGCUGAAAUACGGGGCAUUUCAAAGGUAAAACCGAGUGAUUAGUCAGCCAAGUGUUAUAUGGUCCUAGCCACCAGAAUGCCUCCACUGUCAAAAUUGUCUACCUUAUCAUUAUUAUUUUUGGGUCUUCUUCCUUGUCUUCUCCUUGAGUCUGUGCAUUUGUUAAAGCACUUAGGUUUCCUGCAACACAGGGACCCCAAACUGUAAAAUAGACACAUUAGUGUAUUCUAUUUCAACAAUUAAUAAAAAAAGAGUGUAUAAUUCUUUAAAAGAGACGAUGUAAUGAACAUGUUGUACCUGUAGUUGAUGGCAUGCUAUGCAGACUUAUCAGGAGAGGUAAAAAAGCCCUUGAAGGAAAUCGAAGGCUUUUGCUGUUUGUCAUUUUCCUGAUAAUAAUACCUUGUAAAAGUAUUCAUUCCCAUUGAACUUCCCACAUUUUGUCGCUUUACAAAAAUAAACUUCACUGUAUUUUAUUGGGAUUUUAUAUGAAAGACCACAACAAAGUAAUGCAUCAUUUUUAAAGUGGAAGGUAAACGAUACGUGGUUUUCAAAAUUGUUUUACAAAUGUCUGUAAAGUGCAGCCUGCCUAAGUUUCCAGCCCCCUGAUUUACUGGUUUGCUGAACCACCUUUUGUUGGAGUUGCAGCUGCGGAUCUUUUUGGGUGUAUCUCUACCAGCGUCGUGCAUCUGGAGAACUAAACUUUUGCCCAUUCUUUUUUUUUUCAAAUGAUUCAAGCUCAGUUGAGUUGGACAGAGCGUCUGAACGUCCGGUUUCAAGUCCUGCCAGAACCUCUCCAUUAUAUUUGGUUCUGGGCCAUUUUGACACAUAAUUUCAUCGUAGUUCUGGCUGUAUGUUUACGGUCGUCCUGUUUGAAAGUGAACCUCUGCCCCGGUCUCAAGUCUUUUGCAGCCUCUAACAUCCCCUAAGCAUUAUGCUGUCACCACCAUGUUUCACAGUGGGCGUGGUGUUUUCGGGAUGUUAGUUUUAGCAUUUGCAGGUUUGCUGCACAGGAUUUUAUUUGGGUGUGAAAGACUAAACGUGGCUGAAUGCAGAAGCAUGCUACACUUUUUAGAUUUAUUGUAUAAAUUCUUGAAAACCCUGCAUAAUUUUCCUUUCCUGUUCACCUUUCUGCACUACUUUGUCCUGGUUUAUUAGAUAAAAUCACUAGGGCUGAAACAAUUAAUCAGAUUAAUCAACUAAUUUAGUAAUUGAAUAAUCAUAAACUGGAGUAUACAGACACUAAAACAUGCCAUUUGCUGAAAGAACAACCCACUCGGAGCAGUAAUUGGGCCAAAACUGUACAAAAAAAUAUAUACAUUUUGCAUUUCAGAUGAAAGACCUUUGUCUGUAAAGAUGCUCUUUCCAGAACUCCUCCAGUGGCGUAGCUUUAUCUUCACCUGGUUCAACAUCUGUAAAAAAUCUCUUAUUAAGAACCUUUUGCUAUCGGAUUAUUAAUCGGUUAAUUGAACAAAAUAGUCAGCAGAUUAAUCGAUUAACAAAAUUGCAGUCUUAAAUCCCAAUAAAAAACAUUGAAGUUUGGAAAAUGUGGAAAAAGUUCAAGAGGUUUGCAUGUUUUUGACAAGUCGCUGCAAAUUGCUUUUUUACUCAGUGGGAGCGUGUAAGAGGGUCCUCUCACACUUUAAUUUUAAAUACUAACAUUAAAGCAAUUGAAUCACAGUGUGAGAGGUACCAGAAAAGAAUAUAUUUGAUUUUAGUUUUAAUAUACAAUUUAGAUUGAGAUGAUAAAUCAGAUAUUAAUAUGUAUAUUACUAAUGACAAGUGAUGUUUUUUUACAUUGGAGGAAGCAUUCUCAGAUCAUUUUUAACGGUAAUUUUCUAUACUUUUAUUUUUGUAAAUGAGAUGCAUGUAGCUUUGUUUUUUACGUAACCAAAGGAACACUAAUAUUUGCGUUUGCAUGGCAUUUAAAAGCGCUUGGGCUUGACACAGCAUCUUCUGUGUACAUUAACUUUGCAAAGGAGACCUGUAAUGUGACUUUGUUUUUAUGGUUAGGAUGAUAAACGAGGCGAAUACUUGAUCAUGUUAACUACGAUUCCCAGCCACCGGCCUCACGCUUUUUAUUUGUCUUAUUCUAAAAAUCUACGCCUGAAUUGUCGGUUCUCAUCUCAAAACGAGUUACCUCUCAGGAGACAAGCAGGAAAACGGCUGCGUGCAGAUUUAAUCGGAUAACAGCAAAACGUAUUUAUUUUGCACAGGACAGGAAACCCAACAUGUCAUGUCUUUGAUUUAAUUUCCUGAUCUGAUCUCAAAUUGAUCCUGUUUUUUUGUUGCUUUUGUCUUAAGGAGACACGUAUCAGUGCUUGUUGUACUUUUUCUUUAUUAAUUGCCAAUAUCUAAAACACUAGAGCACAAUGUUACUUUGUAGCGAUACUUAAUUUAGUCAUCUCCCCUCUCCACAUUUUGUUUUUGUUAAUUUUGUGUUCAGAAAUGAGUGUAGUAUUGUUGAAAAAACAUGUUAAAGCACUCUCCUCCCCCCACAGAUGUUUUAUAACUUGUUUUAAUUUUGCAAAUACUGGUGCUAGAUGAUAUCAUUGAUGACAGUGCAGUUGGUGCAUAUCAGGGCCUUUGUAUUUUUGAUUAUUGUAGUUAGGAUGCAAUCAGUCCUCCCCUUCUUUGUUGUGUUGGUUUUAUUUCCUACAUGUACAAUAAUAACGUGACCCCUUUGAUCCGGAAACUAAAGUCCAGCUUCAUACAGUAUGCAUGAUUUUACAGAUUAAUUUCAGUAAUUAUUUUAGUCAUAUAUGCAGCCAGGCUAGUGUUUCUGUUUUAUAAUCGAUAAUUCCCAGCUGAGAGUCUGCAGCAGUUUCUUCUUCAGUUUACGGUUGCUGCCUUUGUGGUGUUGUUACCUGGCUUAUUUAUCCUCUCAUGUUGACAUCAACUAUCUGCACAUUUUUAUUUUUCUGUUAUUGUUAAGUAGCAGUUAGUUCCUAUUUGUUCUUUUCAGAUUUAAACUUGCCCCAUUUGACACAGCAUUAAAAGUUGGCGUAGGGGAACCAUAAAUUGUGCAGAAGCCAAUUCAUGUUUAUGGUUUUUAAUCAUGUGGAUAGUUUUCUUUCCCAUUUUUCUCCCUCCUCUUUGUUUUUUCUUCUUUUCUUUACACUUUGUAAAGUCAACCAGAGAUAAAAGUUGAAAAGCAGAAAUCAAUUCAAUAAACUGUUUAACCCA